AUGGGCUGGUUUGGUAUUUGCCUGACAUCCUUUCAGGAGCAUGCCAGGUAUGUGACUAUGGCCGCUGGGUGUACAAUCUCAAACCCUGUUCAGUUGCAGAUCUGGAAGUUCCUCAAAAUUCUUGAAUCAGCUUUGAGGAUAGACGACAAGGCUACUACUAACUGGAGGAAUCAUAAAAUGCACUACAGGCCUGCAGAGCAAUGUCAACAACUCAAGCCCGGGACUUCUUCCGAGUUCAAGCUUGAAGUCAGCGCGCAAAUGAAGCGUGGCGCCGUUGGGGCGCAGUGGAGCCUGGAAAUGCAAGAGUCAUCUGCUUUGAUUGGCGCCAUCCUGAGUAUCAUACAUCCACAACUUUAUGAGCAGGGAAUGGAGGCACUCCGCCGCCUCGAGACAGAAAAUGGGUUUGUGGAUGAUGAGGAAGAAUUGUACACGGCGCUGAAGCAUUGGACUCCCCCUUUCAGCGCCUUGUACCCGCCCAUCUAUUCACCUAUUGUCCAUAAAAGUUCGCCUUUUGUGGUAACGGAUAUGCAUAACAAUGGGCUGGUUUGGUAUUUGCCUGACAUCCUUUCAGGAGCAUGCCAGUUGCAGAUCUGGAAGUUCCUCAAAAUUCUUGAAUCAGCUUUGAGGAUAGACGACAAGGCUACUACUAACUGGAGGAAUCAUAAAAUGCACUACAGGCCUGCAGAGCAAUGUCAACAACUCAAGCCCGGGACUUCUUCCGAGUUCAAGCUUGAAGUCAGCGCGCAAAUGAAGCGUGGCGCCGUUGGGGCGCAGUGGAGCCUGGAAAUGCAAGAGUCAUCUGCUUUGAUUGGCGCCAUCCUGAGUAUCAUACAUCCACAACUUUAUGAGCAGGGAAUGGAGGCACUCCGCCGCCUCGAGACAGAAAAUGGGUUUGUGGAUGAUGAGGAAGAAUUGUACACGGCGCUGAAGCAUUGGACUCCCCCUUUCAGCGCCUUGUCAGUGAUUAGCAACCGGUCAACACCAGUACACCGUGACACCAAAGGGCGGAAUGAGUGGAUUGAUGUCCUAGUGCCUUUGGGAGAGAAAGACUCGACUGGAAUCAUGGAUUUCCCAGGUUUAGGCAUAUCCAUCAAGUACAACCCAUCGACAAUAGUUGGGGUUGCUGGCAAAGUGAUCUCACAUGGGGCAGUGUUUGAAGGGGGAGAAAGGGGGUGCAUUUCAUACUACAUGCGCAAUAAAGUUCAUGAGAGGUUAGGAGUUCCAGCGGGCACAUGGAUGAACACCACGCCAUUACACAGUAACUUUGCCGUUGUGGCUAGUGCGCCUGCGCCGCCUGCCCGUGGAGGACACAGGAGAAGGUUGGUAUUCUGGUUGCUCUUCGUCUUCAGGUUGCUGUUCAAACCGGUCCAUCAAAAUCUCAAUGGCCUCUAUGUCGUUUCGGAGCUGGUCUUGUUCCAUGCGACCACGAAAAAAGAGGUGUUGGACCCACAUCUGUGCGCCAUGAACCUUUGCUGCUGCUGUGGCCGCAUGCACUGGCAGAACUGGAAUGCCAGCCUCAUCGUCCUCGACUUCCAUGUUGGGUUCACAGUAUGGCUAAACAGUAGAAGGUAUCAAUAA